AUGGCAACGAGGCUGAACACUUCGCUUCACAACGCCCUCUGUUUGCUAAAACCCUUCAACACUCUCCUCAUCACAAAACCAUUCUCUUCCAGAAACAGUUUCAGAUUCUCCAAAAAGCUCCCUUCUUCCCCAAGGAGAGCUCUCUACUGUACUUCUAGCCAUGAAAACGGCGAGACAUUUGUCCUCACCACUCCUCUUUAUUACGUAAAUGCACCUCCACAUAUGGGCAGUGCUUACACCACUAUAGCCGCCGAUUCAAUCGCUCGUUUCCAGAGGUUGCUUGGCAAGAAGGUUAUCUUUAUCACAGGAACAGAUGAGCAUGGGGAGAAGAUAGCUACGUCAGCAGCUGCUAAUGGACGCAACCCUGCUGAGCAUUGUGAUCUCAUUUCUCAAUCGUAUAGAGUUCUUUGGAAAGAACUAGAUAUAGCUUAUGAUAAGUUCAUUAGAACCACUGAUCCUAAGCAUGAAGCUAUUGUGAAAGAGUUUUACGCCAGAGUUUUCGCAAACGGUGAUAUAUAUAGAGCUGAUUAUGAAGGGCUUUACUGUGUUAACUGCGAGGAAUAUAAGGAUGAGAAAGAGCUGCUUGAAAACAAUUGUUGCCCUGUUCAUCAAAUGCCAUGUGUUGCAAGGAAGGAAGAUAACUACUUCUUUGCUCUGUCGAAAUAUCAGAAACAACUUGAAGAAGUUUUGUCUCAGAAUCCUCAGUUUGUGCAGCCUUCAUACCGUUUAAACGAGGUGCAAAGUUGGAUAAAGAGUGGCGUAAGGGAUUUUUCGAUUUCUCGAGCACUAGUUGAUUGGGGGAUUCCUGUUCCUGAUGACGAUAAGCAAACCAUUUAUGUUUGGUUUGACGCUCUGUUGGGUUACAUAUCAGCUUUAACAGAGGACAAUGAGCAACAAAAUCUGGACACUGCAGUUUCAUUAGGCUGGCCUGCUUCAUUGCAUUUGAUUGGGAAGGACAUUCUGCGAUUUCACGCUGUCUACUGGCCUGCUAUGCUAAUGUCUGCUGGUCUAAGCCUUCCAAAGAUGGUGUUUGGCCAUGGAUUUUUGACAAAGGAUGGAAUGAAGAUGGGAAAAUCGUUGGGCAAUACAUUAGAACCUUUUGAGUUGGUUCAGAAGUUUGGCCCAGAUGCUGUCAGGUACUUCUUCCUUCGAGAGGUGGAGUUUGGAAACGAUGGGGACUAUUCAGAAGACCGCUUUAUUAAAAUUGUCAAUGCACACCUCGCCAACACGAUAGGAAACCUCCUUAACCGUACUCUUGGCCUUCUUAAGAAGAACUGUGAAUCCACUUUAGUCGUGGAUUCGACUAUUGCAGCUGAAGGAAUCCCUUUGAAAGACACAGUGGAGAAGCUGGUUGAGAAAGCUCGGACAAACUAUGAGAGCUUGUCAUUAUCAACGGCGUGUGAAGCUGUGUUGGAGAUUGGUAAUGCAGGAAACUCCUACAUGGAUCAAAGAGCACCUUGGAUGCUUUUCAAACAAGGUGGUGUCUCAGCAGAAGCUGCAGCCAAGGAUCUGGUGAUUAUACUGGAAGUAAUGAGAAUCAUAGCGGUUGCUUUAUCCCCUAUUUCUCCUUGCUUAAGCUUGAGGAUAUAUUCACAGCUUGGCUAUUCAGUUGAUCAGUUCAAUAGCAUAACAUGGAGUGACACCAAGUGGGGAGGGCUAAAGGGUGGACAAGUAAUGGCGCAAGCCAGUCCAGUUUUUGCAAGGAUCGAGCUAGAUGCAGAGAAAGGUGUAGAGGAGAAGAAGGUGAAGGAUAGCAAGAAGAAGAGUAAAGCUAAGGUCAAAGUAGAGCAACCUCAGACUGUAACCGAAGCUUAGACCCAUUCCACACAUAAAUAGUGAUAAACUGAGUCUCUUAACUUCUUCUCUGCUUCUUCAGCUUCAUCCAUUUACGAAUACUGUAAAUGAUUUUGUUUUGUUUGUAACUUGAAAGUUUUUCAUAGUUCAUCAAAUCAUGUUUUGUCUUCUAUUUUGGUAAGAAAGCUAAGAAAAAUAAUGUCAAAGUAGAACUCUCUCAAGAACGUUGCAAAAGCUUGAACUCUCUCA